AUGCCAAACUCUCCCGCCGGCGAAACAUUCCCCAAUGCCCAGGUCGCGCAAUCCGAGACGGGCGACGCUGCAAGUACACUGUCAUCGCGGAUGACCGAUAUAGCAUCAGAUGAUGGAGGAGAAUAUGCGGUAGACCCGACGACGUCCUCGGUGGCACAAUCAACGAGUCGAAGACGUAGCGUGCAGACAGCGACGGGCGAUGCCACCUCGAGGCCCAAUACCGGCGUGACUGGCGUCUCUUCGCAACGAGGCGGAUGGUCCCAAGCAACCCGAUCACGGAGAACCCUUUCUGGAGCUAAUGGCAAACGGGCAAGCAUACCAGGGAGUGUAUCCAGCUCCUCUGUUGGCCGACCACAAAGCGCUACUAGCAAAUCGCAUGUACCCUCCCUCACCUCUCAUGCCUUUUUCCGUCCCAUGAGUUCGCAGCGACUGCAAGCACAGCGGGGAGGCUCUCGACCGCCUACAAUGGGACAGCAGGGCAUGGGUGAGGAUGGACCAGUGGAGGAUGGUGGACAUACUACGAGGAACAGCUUUUACUCCAACUCAACGGCAAUGCAGGGACCCGGCACGCAUGAUGAUGUAUAUGGGCGUUCACCCCCUUCGCGCGGAACGGAGAUGACAGAGCAAGAAACUACGGAGAGAACGACGGCCAAUCCAAGUCCAGCGAAUGAUCGUCAUGCAACUAGGAGCCUCACGGACAGCGUGCGACCACUGCAACAGAACCCUGCGAACAGGAAGGGAUUGAGUCUGAAUAUAGAUAAAAGUUACAACACUGGUGGAGGCCUACCUAUGUCUGCGAAGUCGCCCAACUCUUUGCAUUCAAAUUUCCUGUUAACCCCGAGAGGAGAUGCCGCCCCAAAUAGUCCAAAUCGAAGUAGCCACGGCCGAGAGAAGCUACCUUCCGCUGCUUCGUCUCCCGGUCUGACAACAUUCGAUGAUGCCAAGGAUAUGCCCAAGCAGAACCUUGGACGUAAUUAUCAGUAUUUCGAGGGCAACACCGUUUUCUUCUGGGGAGGUCGAUUGCAGAAUACUCGACACAGACCAAUCAACAUUGCCACCGGGCUAUUUGUUCUUGUUCCAUCGAUUCUUUUCUUUGUAUUUUCAGCGUCCUGGUUGUGGCACCACGUUUCUCCUGCGAUACCCAUUCUAUUUGCCUAUAUAUUUUAUCUUUGCAUGUCUUCCUUCAUCCACGCUUCCGUUUCUGACCCUGGAAUUCUUCCUCGUAACCUUCAUCCAAUGCCUCCCGCUGCUGAGAACGAGGAUCCUCUUAGAUUGGCACCACCUAUGAAUGACUGGACUAUGAUCAAGUCCGCUCAAUCGUCUACUGCUGCGAUGGAAGUGCCAACUAAGUAUUGCAAAACCUGCAACAUUUGGCGCCCACCUCGUGGCCAUCAUUGUCGAGUCUGUGAUAACUGUAUCGAGACUCAAGAUCACCACUGUGUCUGGCUCAACAACUGUGUUGGCCGUCGCAACUACCGCUACUUCUUUACUUUCGUUGCCAGUUGUACGAUCCUUGGACUUUUCCUUCUCGCUGCAAGUUUGGCACACGUUCUCGUCUAUAUGAACCGUCAUCAUAUCUCCUUCGGUGCAUCGAUAAGUCACCUUCGUGUCCCAUUCGCAAUGUUCAUCUACGGCAUCCUCGCGACCCCUUACCCUGCUGCUCUGAUGGUCUAUCAUCUUUUCCUCAUGGGCCGGGGAGAAACAACGAGGGAAUAUCUCAAUUCCCACAAAUUCCUCAAGAAGGAUCGUCAUCGGCCUUUCACCCAGGACAGCGUAAUCAAGAAUUGGCUUGUGGUCCUCUGCCGACCAAGGCCUCCAACCUACUUAGACUUCAAGCAGCAAUAUGAAGAAGGCGACCAACGCUUCGGACAGAGACGAGACAAGCGUGCCGCUCCGCUAACGAAAGAAGUCGAAGACGGUGCUGGGGCAACGAUGGAAAUGCAGAGUGUUCAUUGGGGUCAGGGGGGCUUUCAGGGACCAACAACAUUGCGUGGAAAGAGCACUGGAUCAUGA